UUUGUGUAUUCGUGGCGAGUUGCGGUCAUCAAGAUGUCUUCCGCGGCCAGUCUUAAUGACUUGUUGAUCCAGUGGCGCAGUGUUUCUCUUCCGAGUCCGGUUCUCCAGGACAUUUUGCAAGACGAGGGAAAAACGCACACGCUGAUGAAUAUGAUUCAUCGUCAAUACAACUUCUUGUUGAGAUAUCGCUCGGCGAGGUUGGACGACCAUGAAAUGAGCGCCUUUGAUCGAGCCUUUGUCGAGUUGGCUGUUAGCCCGGGCAUCCAGCACGGGAACAUUCCGCUUCUGGAGUUAUUCCUUCAGGAGUACUUGAUGGUCAACUCGGUCCAGUCCUACCUUGAGAAACGCCAGAUUGUCUUCUCUCGCCUCAUUGCGGAGGAGCUCAUAGAGCAAGGCACAUUCAACGUGACAGUCAAAACUGAAGGCGUCUCGGCCCACCCUAUCCUCACGUCCUUCGAUUCGGCUCUUGAAAAGCUCGUCGGCGUCUACCAGGAGGCCAAGGCUGAUGUCUACUUCGGUGAUGCCAACAAGACGGGCUAUAGCAGCAAAAUGACCGACAAGUUCAAGAAUGUCUGUUUCCUUCGCGACUCUGCCGAGAACGUUUAUCGACACAUGGUCCAAAACCAUCUCGAAGGCCACCCACUGUUCCCCGAGGUGAAGAAAAUGGUGGACGUCAGCUCGAGCCAUGCCGAGCAUCUGGCUGGCGGUCGCAAGCGUAUUUUCGAACUUCCCGUCGAGGAAGAUACGCGACCUGCCAGUCGCCGGAAGCGCGCUCACCAUGGGGGUGUGUAUCGCCGAGCUCGUGACUCGUACCGCCCCGAUCGUGAUAGCAGCAGGGCUCGUGAUCAGCCCAUCACCUACGGUCCUGCUUAUGACAGCGACCGCGCCUUGGAGUGCAAGAAAGAGUAUGACUCGGCCUAG